GAUGAUGGGCCUCCGCCCGGGUUCGAUUCGAUAGCUAUUAACGCAAAACUGGAAAAAAUGGUCGUAGAAGAUUGCGGCGGAGAGGAGGACGAAGAUGACGGCCCUCCGCCGGGAUUCUCUGAACCAAACCCGCCGCAAGUGCUGCCUCCUCCGCCGCCUCCGCCAAUCAGUAAUUCUGGUUAGAUGAUUAUACUUCAAUUUUAUGGAUACAAUUGAGAGGGUAUAGUAGCAUUUGGAUUCUCAACUUUGUUAAUCUCUGUUGCGGCAUUUUGAUUUUCCCUAUUUCCCCUUUCUAUCUCAAUUCUGCUAAAAUUUGUAAAAUUUGAAAUUAGUUACUCACAAGAAUGCUAACAUUUGAUCAGAAUUGUAACACCCGGUUUAUUUUCAUAACCUAAGCUUGGGAAAUCCUCUUCUUUAUUUGUUGGGCUUUACUAAUCUGUGAUUUCAAUUGUGUUCUUCGAAUGGGAGGUUGUUGUUGGUGUACUUAAGCUUGGAAAUAUGAGUUGUAACUGGGAAUGCUAACAUGAGACUUUGGAUCCAUGAAACUAAUAUGCAUUCCACUGCUUUGGAGAGUUGAACUUUUCAUUCUGUGGCUGUUCUUCUUUCUUAACAUUGCUUUUACAGUUAAGUUUUGUUGAAUUUAUGCAUAAAUGAAGUGGUUUAGUUUCAGAUACACGAAUGUUAAGAAAUCAGGGAGUUCCAGAUGUACAAAUUGGGAGAAAACAAUAUGAGGACAGGCCUCCCAUGGGAUGGCAUUCCACAAGCUCAAAACAACCUCAAUCAUGUAUAAGAUCAUCAUCUGAACUUGUCUCUGAUAUACAAGUGGCAAAGAAUCAAAGAAUUGAUGAUGGUCCCCCACGGCCACCAGGGUGGCAACUGAAUCCUCAGCAACAGCGGCCACCAGAAUCCACACCACUAUUAGUGCCUCAAUCAGCUCCAUCUUCAAAUGUACAAACAGUAGUCACACAAGAUGACGAUGGCCCACCUCCAGGGUGGCAAUUGAUCUCUUCUCAACAGAAACCACCGUUACUCCCCCAGUCACUAGCUCCAUCUGCCAUCAAAGAUACUGAAAAGAAGAUUAAAGUAGGAAGAAAUGGGGAAACUGAACAGCAGCUAUCAACUACAGAUUGGUCUUAUACACCAGAGCUUCCAUCAACACCUGCACCACCACUUCGCUCAUCAUCAUCUCUAGGUUCUUCUGAUAUUGAAAUGGCUAGCAAACAUCAAAGCAUAAAAAAUGAGGACAAAAAACUUCGUACGGACAAGGGACCUAUGCAACCAUUGGCACCUCAACUCCCACCAUCUGUAGUGCCAACGUCUUCUGAGGUUGGCCAAUUGGUAUGCGGUACUUGCCGGCAGUUGCUUUCAUAUCCUCGAGGUUCUAAAUGGGUUCAAUGUUCAGCCUGCCGGACAGUCAAUCUUGUCCUUGAAGCUCAUGAAGUAGGACAAGUCAAGUGUGGGGGCUGCACAGUGUUGCUUAUGUACCCAUAUGGAGCACCCUCGGUUAAAUGUUCCUCUUGUCACUUCACAACAAGAAUUGGCGCACACAACAGGAGACCUCAUCUGGCUGCACAACAGGCACGGAGGCUGCGCCAUCCUCCCCAUCAACGGCGCUAAUCUGUCCGUUUGUUCAAAGAGAAUCUUGAGUAAUGCCUCCUUUUUUGUGCCACAAUUUUGCAUGUAAAUACUCUUAUUGCACUUUUGCAAUUGUAUUUUUAUUGGUUUUAGGUGUUUUGGUGUAACAUAAUCUUAAAUUAGAGGUGAAUGGUACAGUAAAUUGCUUUUGGAGUAGUAUAUUACCAUUAGGCUACAAGUUAUCUGCAAUAACAUAGAUUCUUUAUU